AUGGACGAUUUCACUGCAACCCAUGUUAACUACACCCUCUCGACUCACAUCAGUGGCAUUUUUUUCGCUUGGCAUCGACACUUUGUCUGGUUGUGGGAAAAAGCGCUGCGUGCAGAGUGCGGAUACAAGGGACACCAACCGUACUGGAACUGGGCCCUUUCCGCCAACAAUCUAUCCGCCAGUCCCAUUUUUGACGGAUCCCCUACUUCACUAUCUGGAAACGGUGACCCAAUCAAGCAAGACCCCUUGCUUCGACUGCAACCCACCAAUAUCAGCAUCCCGACUGGCUCCGGUGGUGGAUGUGUGACUAACGGCCCUUUUGCUAAUAUGACCAUCAACCUGCCAGACUUACCCGUGGCAGGGGACGACAAACUCCCCCCAAAUGCCUUUGAUUACAACCCCCACUGUUUUACGCGGGACCUGAACUCUUACGUGUCCAGAACAUUUACCGGCCAGGCAGAUGUGGACCGGUUGCUGAAUUCACCAACCAUUGCCCAUUUGCAUGCCAACAUGGACUUCAGUGCCUGGCCCGAGCUGAGAGAUGCGCGAAUUAUGGGUCCCCACGCUGCGGCGCACCUAUCCCUUGGGAUGACCAUGUACAACUUGUGGACGGCACCACAGGACCCGUCAUUCAUGCUCCACCAUGCCCAGGUCGAUCGUGUCUGGUCCCUGUGGCAGGCUCGAGAUCUGGAGAGUCGCCGGUGGGCCAUGAACGGCACGAGCACCAUGAACAACAAACCGACGACUCCGGAGGUCACCUUGGACACAGAAUUGGCCUGGGGGACGCUCAGCGAGAACAAGACCAUGCGGGAACUGAUGAGUACCGAGGCCUAUCAUCUCUGCUACGAAUACGGUGACUGA